CUAUGUUCAGAGGGGUACCUGUGUCAGAUGUGUGUGCGUGUGUGUGAGCUGUGUUCAGAGGAGUACCUGUGUCAGACGUGUGUGCAUGUCAGCUGUGUUCAGAGGGGUACCUGUGUCAGAUGUGUGUGCGUGUGUGUGAGCUGUGUUCAGAGGGUACCUGUGUCAGACGUGUGUGUGUGUGUGGUUGUGUUCAGAGGGGUACCUGUGUCAGAUGUGUGUGUGCGUCAGCAGUGCUCACAGGGGUUUGAGCUGACAGAUGUGUGCGAGUGUGCAUUUGUGUCAAAAGCAGAUGUGUGCAGUGAGGGUAGGUCAGAGAGGUGUGUGUGUGUCAGAGGCAUAAGUGCCAGGUACAGGAGAAAGAGAAAUGUGUGUGUGAGGGGGUGAAUGUGACAGAGCCAGCAGAAUAAGUGCCCUGUCUCUUUAAAGGCCCAGACACAGCCCCAUCUGAUGCGGCGGCUCCAAUCAGCAGCCCCUGGGUUCUGGCAGCAGCAGGAGCCUCUGCUCUGCAUUCCUCCCUCUUCCUAAAGGGCUAACAUGGCGAUGGCAGGAUGAGGAUGAGGUGAAGAAGCAGGGGGAUGUGAGAGCUGCAGCUGCAUAGACACACAAGCGGGGCAGAGAGCACAGCAGGGGGGAUUGCAGCAGAGGAAAGGAGAAGGGGGAAAAAAUUAAAAACACCCAACCCAACAUUUUCAUGGAGAGCAAAAAUCCCAUGCAAGCUGGGGAGGAUCAGGACUCCUUUGAGCUGAGACCCUUGCAUCAAAAUGGUGUGUGGGUUUGGCAGGCAGAAUGCAGCACCUUUUGAGAGACCGCUGCAGGAACUUGUGCUGCGUCCUGUUCUCUGUCCAAGAACGUAGAGGAAGCUAGGCCAGCUGCUGUUCAAGUGAGCAGCAAAACCCCCACUGACUUCAAUAAAUCCAUUCUGGGGCUGAACUAGGAGCCCUGAGUGAAAAUGUUCCCAGGCAGGUGGUUAAAGAAACCAGACUUGACUCAUGAGGCUGAGCAACAUCUGCUGUAUUUUCCAUUAUUUUCCAUUAGCUUGAGAAGUUGCUAUUGAUUUGUUCCGAUGGUUUGCUGACCCUGCUGGGCAGAGGUGUGGGGGAUGAGAAGAUGAGUUAUCCCAAUUGCUUAACAACACAGAUUUCAUUCAGGAAUACUGCCCUGCUUACAGCUUUUUUUUUCUUUUGAGUCUUCAUUUAAUGGAUGCAAAAAAGACCAGACUUUUGGUUCUGAACUCUUCACCAUGCCAGGGGCCGUCUCAUUCUGCAAGCUGAUAGUUGAAAAGACAACUGACUACCCUUCCGCUGAAUACUCUCUGGUGGAGGAUGUAGCCCUCCACUUCACGUGUUUGAUGGACAGACUGAAUGAGCAGCGCCUGUUUCAGCCGGACCUGUGCGACGUGGACAUCGUCCUAGUUCAGCAGAAUAGCAUCUUCCCCGCCCACAAGGGGGUCCUUGCCGCGUACAGCCAGUUCUUCCACUCUCUCUUCACUCAGAAUAAGCAGCUGCAGCGGGUAGAGCUCUCCUUGGAGGCUUUGACUUCCCAAGGCCUCCAGCAGAUCCUCAACUUCAUCUACACCUCCAAGCUGCUGGUGAAUGCCUGCAAUGUGCAGGACGUCCUGAACGCCGCCGCUGUGCUGCAGAUGAACAACAUCGCCUCCUCCUGCCAGGAGCUCAUCAACACCAGGUCCCUCAGCCUGGCUAUGGCCAGUGACAUGGCCCUGCCCCCCGACGCCUGUGGCAACGCUGUCCCCCCGCAAUACUACUGUGAGAUUAAGCAAGAAGUGGACUCUCUGCAUCCCAAGAUCUAUGCCCGGGAAGGAAACGAUCCCUACUCGGUGCGAGUAGAGGACAGGGUGGGUGGAGGUGGCAACCAGCACCUCCCGGCUGUGCCUGCCAAGCAGUAUUACAAGGAGGAGAAGGACAGUGGCCUGGCCACCAUGUGUAAGAUGGAGGGCGGGGAGUCUGAGGAGGAUCUGGACAGUCAGGGCUCUUACAACCGGGAGCAGAUCAUUGUGGAGGUGAACCUCAACAACCAAACCCUCAAUGUUUCCAAGGGGAUGGAAGGGAAGCCCACCGCCAAUGAAGCUGCCGCCGUGAUCAGCCGACCAGACGGGGAUGGACAUGACACCAAGGAGGAAGGGGAGGAGGAAAAUGAGGAAGUGGGGGAGGAGGAGGAGGAGGAUGCUGAGGUGGGAGAGGAGGAUGAAGAGGAGCACAGCGAAGAGGAAGACCUGGAGGAGACCACAGAGGAGGAGGAGGAAGAGGAGGAGGAUGAAGAGGCGUCUGAAGUGAAAAGGGAAAAAUCUGGGCAGCCCCGCAGGGGGAGCAGGUUGUCCAAGGCCACCAAGUCCACCAUGUCCACCAGGUCCCAGGAUCUGGCCAAGGCAAUGGAGGAAGAGGAGGGCCAGCGUGGGAGGAAGAGGAAAAAGGAGCAGGAUGGGCUGGGCCCGAAAGUCAAGCUGGAGGAGAAGCAGCACUACCCCUGCAAGAAGUGCCCCCGCGUCUUCAACAACCGCUGGUACUUGGAGAAGCACAUGAACGUCACCCACAGCCGCAUGCAGAUCUGCGACAAGUGCGGCAAGCGUUUCCUGCUGGAGAGCGAGCUUCUGCUGCACCAUCAGACGGACUGCGAGAAGAACAUUCAGUGUGUGGCAUGUGGGAAAGCAUUUAAGAAACUCUGGUCUCUGCAUGAACACAAUAAAAUUGUCCAUGGCUAUGCGGAGAAGAAGUUCUCCUGUGAAAUCUGUGAGAAGAAAUUCUACACCAUGGCACAUGUUCGGAAACACAUGGUUGCUCACACCAAGGAUAUGCCGUUCACAUGUGAGACGUGUGGAAAGUCGUUCAAACGCAGCAUGUCCCUGAAAGUCCAUUCUCUUCAGCACUCCGGGGAAAAGCCUUUUAAAUGCGAGAACUGCAACGAGCGGUUCCAGUACAAGUACCAGCUGCGCUCUCACAUGAGUAUCCACAUCGGACACAAGCAGUUUAUGUGCCAGUGGUGUGGAAAGGACUUCAACAUGAAACAGUAUUUCGAUGAGCACAUGAAAACACACACAGGUGAGAACUUCCCCAAUGUGAGAAAGCCCUACAUUCUUGCAGAUAAUGUGGCAAGAGCUCAACCAAGCCGCGCCCCAACAUGA